AUGAAGUUCACUCUACCGGAAAACGCCUUCCCGGACGUGCAUCUGUCCAAGGAGCACCAAGACGCGCUUAUAGAAGAAGCCGAGAAUCUCGUGCGCGAGACGCUCGCAGCCAACGAGGCAUUCCUGGCUGACGGAGCCAAAUUUCGGGAUCCAAGAUGGCGACUAGUGCGAGCAAAAGAUGGGUUGAACGUGCGUCCAGCAGGUUUCGAAAUGAUCCUUCACGGAACAGUGGACGGAAUUCUGGACGACGCAAUGUAUGGGACUUUCGCCGCCACGGACCAGGCCUGGAUGUGGCGGAGCUCGCAUAUCAACGACCGCCUCGACGACGCGCGAGUGCUGGCGACUAUUAGAGGCCCCACAAAGGAGGACCCGUUCCGGUUCCUGGGUAUCAAGUGGUUCGUCAAAGAGCGCCCUGCUGUACUGACAGGUCUGGUGCAACAGCGUGACUACCUUAUCGUGGAGGCCACGGGGCUCAUGCGGGACUCGAAAGGAGAAAAGGUCGGCUAUUACUUGAUGCACUCCAUCUCUCUGCCUCGGAUCUUCCCGGAACUCACGGAUUUGGGUCUUCUUCGAGGAGAUCUGAGCCUCUGCUUCAUUGACCGCCAGCUUGGGCACCACAAAGUCGAGAAAUACUGCCGGAACUUCAGCGAUCCCCGGGGGAAAAUCCCUGAUCGAGUGGCUGUUGCGAUCACCGCGGACGCGCUCAUCUGCGCUGCGAGUAUCAUCGACUACGCGUACAUCAAGAAGCUCACGUGGCUCAUGAAGGAGAAAGGGGAGGAGAUUGCGGCGCGUCAUCGUCGACCAAGUGGCGAGGCGCGACCCAAAUGCUGUGAAAACUGCAGCAAAAGCUUCACCAAGUUCUCCCUGCCUGGGGCUCGAUCGGGUGUCGACUGCCAGAUCUGUCGACGAGUGGUAUGCGGACGCUGCAACAUGAUCAAGAAGAUGACGGUGGACAUAUCGGAGACGGGCGCUGUGAAGCAGUGUGCGCUGCGCUUCUGUCUGGAAUGCAUUCGGGAGGCCAAGGAGAAGUCGGUCUGGGAGAUGGCCCUGACUGGCGUCGAGACUGCAUCAGAAACGUCGUCUGCAUCUGCGUCUGGCUCAUCGCGGUCGGGACGCUACCGAUAA